AUGGCCAUCAUCUCUCUGCUCCUGCUGAUCUCUCUGCUUCCACACCUGACCUUCACCGCUCUUGUAAAUGUGGAUAUAGUAAAUGGCCAGAAAGCAGAAGCUCACUCCAGACCUUACAUGGUUUCUCUUCAGAAGAACAAGGAACACAUCUGUGGUGGAUUUCUCAUUCACAACCAGUUUGUCUAGACUGCUGCACAUUGCAGAAAUAAAUAAGACUUUAGCAGUAUACUGACAGCUGUGAUUGGGGCACAUAACCUAAAAGACAAGAACGAGGGGUCUGUCCGCUUCGGAGUGAAGUCCUACCACAAGCAUCCAGGUUACAGACCUAAGAGUCACACAUACCAGAAUGACAUUAUGCUUUUGAGGCUGCAGAAAAAAGUCAAGGAAAACAGUAAAGUCAAGAUUAUUAAAAUACAAACACAAAAGGAAGACAUCAAAGCCGAUUCUGCCUGCAGAGUCGCCGUCUGGGGAAGCCUGAGGACUAAUGGCUCAGCAAAUGAUCGUCUAAUGAAGAUGAGGGUGUAUGUAAUGGAUAACGCAGAAUGCAAAAUCAGAUGGGGAGAGAUCUACUCGAUCCCGAAGAUGAUGUGUACAUAUGGCAUUGGUGGAUUCUGCGACCCUACAUUCACAGUGCGCUACACAGUAUUUAACACAGAAUAA